AUGGAUCCCAGGUUGAGACUUGCAGCCCUCCUCAACCACGAGACCGAGUGUGUUCCCUAUGACAAUGAAGAAAAACACCUUUGCGGUGUCCACGACGGCCGCGCGGCCGGGCGCAGCUCGGUCAUGAGCCUCUCCCACGUCUUGAGUGCUGCCGACAAGCUGCUGGGUCCGGGACCAACACCAGCAGGAGCAGGGUCAGAACCAGAACCACCAGUGAAAUACGAUGACGAAAACGUGCCGGCCGGCCCGCGUUGCCACGCGUACACGGAGGAGCACGGGUACUUCGUCUGGUACCACCGCGUGGACCUGGAGGAGGACUGGCGGGACGUAGGGUUCGAGUUCCGCGCGCGUUUUGGCGAAGGCCGUGCGCUCAUGGCCCUGCAGAGCCUGUACUACAGCUUCUCCCGCAAGAAGGGCGUCGAGUGCCGCGUCGGCACGCACGUCCCCGGCGUCAUGGAGUGUACGGACAAGCGCUACUCCUGGAUGCUGCCGGAGCAUCGUCGACGACCACGCCGGCAUUGA